AUGCUUGUCAGUAAGAUUACUCUGCUGUCACUACUAGCAUCCCAUCUCAAUGCACAACCCACCAAUGAGCUAUCCGCCGCAUAUGGCGAGAAUAUCUAUGCACGGCUAUGGCGGACAGCCCUGACAGGGAACCUGAAAGAAGGAUCCGUGGACGCCUGGCCGCACUACACGCAAGGGGCAUACAACAACACGUCGCCAUCGGAAGUCACUCCUGGUGUCUAUGUUAAUACAGAGGCAUCAGGCUGGACGUCUGGCUUCUUCCCGGAUGCCUUGUGGCAACUACAUCGGCGCCAGAAGAGUCUGUGCCACCAGCCUUUUGAAGGAGCGCCAUCUACAGAUCAAUGGGUAGUUAUGGCUCAGGCCUGGACGAGUCCUCUCCAGAGUAACAGCAACCUGACUUCUACCCACGACCUUGGCUUCCUCGCGAAGCCCUUUGAAAGUGCCAUGCAAAUCAAUGGCGAUAAUUGGCUUUCGGUGUUGCAGAACAUGUCCAAUAACCUGGCUAAUCGAUUCGAGCCUAACGCUGGUAUCAUCAGGUCAUGGGAUUGCAAUAACGCGUCAUCCUCGGCCUGGUGCAGCCACGAAGACUCCGUGUUGGUAAUCAUUGAUAACAUGAUGAAUUUAGCUCUUCUGGUACGAUCGGCAUCUAACUAUACGCAUAAUCAGACGUUACUCGACAUCGCCAAAUCGCAUGCUGACAGGACCAUAGCCAACCACGUACGUCAAGAUGGAUCUUCAUAUCAUGUCUGCGACUACAGUUCGACUAGCGGAGACGUAUAUCUCUGUCGUACUGCUCAAGGACUGGCCGAUGACAGCACAUGGGCUCGUGGACAAGCUUGGGGUUUGUAUGGGUUCGCCGAGCUCUACUCGCUGACGGGCCAAUUGCCGUACCUGCACGCAUCGAUGGAGAUGGCGGACUGGUUCAUCGAGCACCUCCCAGCUGACGGCUUGCCAUUUUGGGACUUCGACGCCGAUUAUGUUCCAGACCUUACGCCGAGAGAUAGCAGUGCUGCCACCAUUGCUGCCAGUGGAAUGCUCCUUCUACAGGAACAAGUUUUCGCUUCCUGUUAUGCCGGUAUCGCGCGCAAUUACAAGGUUGCUGCUGUCAACUUAUUGACCGCAAGCAUUAAACUUGCUCUCGCGGGCGAGAUCACGUUUUCCGACAUGCCUCCGUUAGGUGCCGAUACCUAUCUCUCUACAGCAGCAAGCACCGCUGAGUCCGAAGGCUUUGAAGCCAUUCUACUCCAUGGAACGAGUAACAACAACCCUAAAGCAGAUCCCAAGCUGUUUGACAUCGGGUUAAGCUACGGCGACUUCUACUUGAUUGAAGCGGCCAACAGGCUGCUGGAGUAG